AUGGGGAAGAUCGCUUCCAUGGAGUACUUCCGCCUGCCGCCGCGGUGGCUGUUCGUCAAGAUUACCGACGCGGACGGCAACGUGGGCUGGGGGGAAGCGUCUCUGGAGGGACACUCGCAGGCUGUGGAGGGAUGCCUGGAUGCAUGGUUUGAGAGAUAUAAUGGCUUUGAAGCAGAAGGGGGCCCAGUCUUCAUGAGCGCUCUAUCGGGUAUAGAUAUUGCUCUGUGGGAUCUUAAAGCGAGAAAAUUGGGCCUUCCUAUCUAUCAACUACUUGGGGGUAAGCUACGGGACAAGAUCAAGGUAUAUGCCUGGAUUGGAGGUGACCGACCCGGUGAUGUUGAGCUUCAGGCAAAAGCACGGCAAGCACAGGGUUUCCGGGCAGUCAAGAUGAACGGGACUGAGGACCUCGGAUGGAUGGACUCGCCAGCGGCGCUCGAUGACUGCGUGGAGCGGCUCAAGGCGGUCAAGGCGCUCGGCAUGGACGCGGGCAUCGACUUCCACGGGCGGGUGCACAAGCCGAUGGCCAAGCAGCUGGCGCGGCUGCUGGAGCCGCACCGGCCCAUGUUCCUGGAGGAGCCGCUGCUGUCGGAGCACAUCGAGGGCAUCGCGGACCUGGCCAAGCUGGUCAGCGCCCCGAUCGCGCUGGGCGAGCGGCUGUACAGCCGGUGGGACGUCAAGCCCUUCCUCGAGCGCGGCUGCGUCGACAUCCUGCAGCCCGACAUCUGCCACGUCGGCGGCAUCUCCGAGAUGCGGCGCAUCGCCGCCAUGGCCGAGGCCUACGACGUCGCCCUGGCGCCGCACUGCCCGCUCGGCCCCAUCGCUCUGGCUGCCAACGUCCAGGUCGACCUGAGCUCCCCCAACUUCGUGAUACAGGAGAUGAGCCUGGGCAUACACUACAACAGCACGGGACAGGAUCUAACGAGCUACCACAAGAACCCCGAGGUGUGGAAAGUGACGGACGGCUACAUCGACAUUCUGCAGGGCCCGGGUCUUGGGAUCGAGAUUGACGAGGAUGAGGUCAGAAGGCUGUCAAAAGACGCCAAGGCUUGGGUGAGCCCUGGGUUUAUCGGCCCGGGCGGUGAGAUCCGGGAAUGGUAG